UCUCCUUUUUAUUUUAUUUUUCAUUUCCAUUUCCAUUUGUUCUUUUCUCUUUCAUUCUCAGUUCCCUUUUCUCUUUCAUUCCCAGGUUGUUCAAUUGUUCUUUUCACUUUUAUUCUCAGAUCAUUUUGUACUUUUCUCUUUAAGUCUCAUUUUCUUUACUCUUUCAUUUGUUGUUCGUUUGUUUUUUUUCCUUUUUGUUCCUUAUUCCCUCACUGACAGUUCAGUUUGUUCUUUUCUCUUUCAUUUCAUGUUUCAUUUGUCUAUUUAUUUUUCAUUCGCAUUUCCUUUUCUCUUUUCACUUUCAUUUUCUGUUCAUUUUUUCUUUUUUCUUUCAUUUCCAGUUUUUUUUUAUCUUUUCGCGUUCAUUUCGAGUUUCUUUUUUCUUUCUCUUUCAUUCUUACUUCCUUUGUUUUUUCUCCUUCAUUUCCAGUUCUUUUCGUUUUUUUCUCUUUCAUUCUCGUCCCUUUGUUCUUUUCACUUUCAUUCCCAAUUUGUUUCGUUCUUUUCGCUUUCAUUUCUUGUUCAUUUUAAUCAUUUCGCGCUCAUUCCCAGUUUCUUUUGUUCUUUUUCUUUUUCAUUCUCACUUCCUUUUGUUCUUUUCUCAUUCCUUCUCAGUUCUUUUUGUUAUUUUCUCUUUCCUUCCCAGUUCCUUUUGUUUUUCUCUUUCAUUUCCAGUUUCUUUUUGUUCUUUACUCUUUCACACUCACGUACUUUUGUUCCUUUCUCUUUCAUUCACUAUUUCUACUGUUCUUUUCUUUUUCAUUCUUCGUUCCAUUGCUACUUUUCUCUUUCAUUCUCAGUUCUGUUUGCAUUUUUCUCCUUCAUUCUCAAUUCCUUUCCUUGUUUUCUCGUUCAUUCUUCCUUCACUUUGUUAUUUUCUCUUUCCUUCCCAGUUCGUUUUGUUCUUUUCUCUUUCAUUUUCCGUUCAUUUUGUUUUUUCUCUUUCAUUAUCAGUUUUUCUUUUGAUCUUUUCACUUUCAUUCUUAAUUCCUUUUGUUUUUUCUUCUUCAUUUUCUGUUCCUUGCGUUAUUUUCUCUUUCAUUCCUGGUACACUUUGUUAUUUCCCCUUUUCCUUCUCAGUUCCUUUUGUUUUUUCUUCUUCAUUUUCUGUUCCUUGCGUUAUUUUCUCUUUCAUUCCUGGUACACUUUGUUUAUUUCCCUUUUCCUUCUCCUUCUCAUUUUCCUUUUGCGUUAUUUUUUUUCAUUCCUUCUUUGUUAUUCUCUGUUCCUUUUGUUUUUUCUUCUUCAUUUUCUGUUCCUUCGUUAUUUUUCUUUCAUUCCUGGUACACUUUGUUAUUUCCCCUUUUCCUUCUCAGUUCCUUUUGUUUUUUCUUCUUCAUUUUCUGUUCCUUGCGUUAUUUUCUCUUUCAUUCCUGGUACACUUUGUUAUUUCCCCUUUUCCUUCUCAGUUCCUUUUGUUUUUUCUUCUUCAUUUUCUGUUCCUUGCGUUAUUUUCUCUUUCAUUCCUGGUACACUUUGUUAUUUCCCCUUUUCCUUCUCAGUUCCUUUUGUUUUUUCGCUUCCAUUUCAGGUUCUUUUUGUACUUUUCUCUUUCAUUCCCAAUUCCUACUUUUUCUCAUUCAUUUUCAGUUUCUUUCGUUCUUUUCUCUUUUAUUCGCAGUCCCCUUUUUCUUUUCUCCGUCGUUCCAACUCCCUUUUGUUCUUUUCUCUUUCAUUCCAAGGUCCUUUUGUCUUUUUCUCAUUCAUUCUCAAUUCCAUUUGUUCUUUUCUCUUUCAUUCUCAACUCAACUUUGAUCAUUUCUCUUUCUUUAUGUUUUCCUUUUGUUCUUUAGUCUUUAAUUAUCAUUUCUUUUUUUUUAUCUUUUCUCUUUCAUUUCCAGUUCAUUUUGUUCUUUUCUCAUUCAUUCUCAUUUGUUUCUGUUCUUUUCGCGUUCAUUCCCAAUUUCUUUUGUUCUUUCCUAUUUCAUUCCCUCUUUCUUUUAAUCUUUUCGCUCUCAUUCCCACUUCAUUUUCUUCUUUCUCUUUCAUUCUCACUUCCUUUUGCUAUUUGCUCCUUCCUUCUCAGUUCCUUUUGUGUUUUUCUUUCAUUUCCAGUUUAUUUUUGUUCUCUACUCUUUCACACUCAGCUACUUUUGUUCAUUUCUCUUUCAUUCUCCGUUCAAUUUGUACUUUUCUCUUUCUUUCUCAGUUCCCCUUGUUCUUUUUACUCUUUCAUUCCCAUUUCCUGUUAUUAUUGCCUCUUCCGUCCCCAGUAAUCCAUUAG